AUGAUGACGAACGAUCCCCGAUUGUUUUCAGCCGAUGCGGUAGCUUUUGCUCACCGAUCUCUUCGUGAAUCGUCAUUUACGCGACACGUCGAGACAGUCCGACACGCGUUCCAGAUGCAGCAAUUUACGCGAAAACACGCGCCUGCAGACCAAAUUGCAAAAUGUGACUGUAGAGAGAAAGGGCGAAAAAGAGGCUGGCUGAGUUUGAGGCUGGCACGGCACAGUGCGUUUGAUGAAGUUCCACCUGCAGAACCUCCUUCUCUAUAUUCACACUCUUGUCGGAUCGUGCACGACGCGUCGCACGAUCGCACGGUCACAAGCAGAUUGGCUGGCUUUUCGUACCUCUCAUCCUUGAAAGCCGCAACGGCGCUGUCUUGUGGUGUGUGUGCAGAGAGCGGCAUCGGAAGUGUGCUGUUGGUCACCGUCGAAAAAGCGAGCGGCAGAAACGACGUAAACAGCAAGUCGAGCUCCCACAGUCACGCAGGGGGCUAG